AUGGAUUCUGAGGAGGAGGCCCUUCCUCCAAGCGUUUGCGAAGAUAGCUGUGGCGAAGAGCUUCACUCUGAUGAUGCCAGCUUGCCACCUUCAGUCAAUGAGGAAGAGCCCACCAUUUCUUGCUGUAAACGCGGCAACUGCAGGACCAAGUUUGAGACAGAUGUCUUGGUGCAAUACAAAAUGGAUUUUGACAGAUUAGCUCAAGGAGAUCGCCUGCAAAAAGUUUUUGAAGCUGUCAGGGAUGUUGCCAGGCAAUCCGGAGAGCAGAGCGCCAGGUGUUUUCAGUGGACCUUACUAGGCCAGGCAGUGUGCCGAAAAUUUUGGGAGGCAACCCACGGCAUUGGCCAUGGUGCCCUUGACGAUAUGGUGAGCCUAGCCAAAAACGGGCACAGCCAGCUUCCACCCAGAGCUCCAAGACAGGGGCGCGCAACUCCCGCCAGCAACACUCUUGAUGUCUGGUUCCUAACUCUGUACCGGGACUUAGCAGAGCCACUAGCUGUUCCUGGAAGCGGCGAUGCAGUGGUUGUCGAGGAUGACCCCGGUGUUCCCAUGCAGUGCGAAGAGUUGACUGACAUCAAUCACCCACUGUUCUUGAACACCAUCAAUGCGGAUCGGCCAAACGACCAUGUGAGGAGUUUGAAGGUGCCAAAGCGCUACUUGAAUUUCGAUUCUUUCGCUAGCCUCUUCCAAUUUUACAAGCAAGACGAGGCAUUGGACAUGCAAGUGAGCCGCAGCACCUUCAAGAAAGGGUGGCAAAGUUGGCAAAGUUUUUUGCCUUUCAAAAAUGCCGGCGCUCAAAGUAAAUGCAUAAUCUGUGCCAGUUUGUCAGAGAGGAGAACAGCUGCAGCAGACUCCGCUGAAAGGGUCCAAAUAGACAGGGAAAAGAAAAGUCACCUCGAUGUUGUGAUGUCAGACCGCCGAGCUGCAGAAAGAGGAGCUAAGCGUGCGGCAAAGGAGUCUGUCUUUUUGAAAUCUGAAAAUGAUGACCAGGUGGUGAAAGUCCUGAUUGAUGGAAUGGAUCAGUCGAAGUUCGCGCUGCCGCGUGUGAAGCGCCUCGUUGGCACAAGUGCAUUGUCGAAAUCAUGGCGACCGUGCAUGCACAUCAGCGGUGGCAUCAUCCACGGCCUCCUGGAGUGGUACGGCAUCAUGGCCGCGGACACACCCAAGGAUGCCUCAAUGAACUGCACCAUUUUAUCUCGGCUGCUGGAUUUGACUGCAUCACAGCUGACAGACCUGGGUGAUGCCUACGGUUUUCCAGGGCAUCUGUGCAUCAGUUGUGAUAAUACGCCAAGAGAAGCGAAGAAUUCGUUCUUUGCAUCGUUUUUAUCAUACCUGGUGCAUCGUCGACUUUUCAAAUCUGUGCAAUGCGAAUUUCUCCAAGUGGAUCACACGCAUAAUGAGCUGGAUCAGCGCUUUAGCAGCUUAGCUUCACUCAUCAAGUCAGCGGACUGCUUGCAGGACCCUGAUGAUUUGUGUGCAUGGAUGACCAAUCACAUGAAGGCAUCCUGCGGCCGCUCCUUGAAGAUUGAGGCUGUGACAAACACAUGGAACUUCAAGGAUUGGAUGGGCCAGGUGGGCUUGCACGUUGAAGGCUUGACCAGUACACAUGUGCAGCCCUACGCCAACCACGUUUGGAGAUUUGAGAGCCGUCUCUUUGUGACCGAGCAUCACAUUGAGUUUUUGCCGUUCAAGCUUGCUAAAGAACGACUGGAUCCAUCGGCCUUGAAAGCCUCCGAGACAAAUUUGAUGCCAGAGAAAACGUUGCAGGAAUUUUUGAAGACAGCAAAUACAUUUGCCCAAGACCCCUGGCAGUUGCUGAAAACUCAGGCCUGGUUGGAAAGCUUUUGCGAGCAAAAUCAAUGUCGGGCGUUUCCCGAUCCAAUUCCUUUGGUGCAUAUUUUCCACCCAAAGGAGUCGCUGCUGCCGCUGUCAGUGGACAUUGAGGAAGUGGUUUUAGAUGUUGCAGAACCUGCAGCAGACCCACCUGCACCCAGAAAUGUGCGCGUGCUCCGACCCAAGCGGAAAGCCUUGAAGCGGCCAUCUGCUGCUGCCUGUCAACUAGGCGAUGCGGCCGCCCCAGAGGCAGUCAUGCGACGCCCUGCUGCAGCAGCACCAAGCCCAGCAGCGCGACGCCAUGUAGAAGAAUCAGAACCAGGACCAAGGCCACGGGGCCGUGGGCAGAAACCUGAGUUGCCACAUAGCUUUGAUCACUUCGGUUGUUCCAAGUGCAAGAAAGCAGCGCAUGGAUGCGCCCGGUGUAAGAAGUUCGCAGACAACCAAGAAAAGGGAUUCCAAUGGCUCAAUGGCAGCGUUGUGCGCAAAGUCCCACAAGACGCGGCCUUGCCACCUGAGAUAGACGAGAGCCAGGAGCUGCUGAUGGACGACCGCCAAGUUUCGGAUUCGGAUGCUGAGACAUUGCCCGAAAGCGUCACCGAUUCCAUAGACGAAUUGCCACCUGUACCUUCAGCAGAAUCAGAUAUCGACAUGGAAGAUUGUCCUAGCCCUAGAGCUGCUUUGACAACUAAGGCAAAAGUGCCGUCUCCAGAGGAGAUCCGCCAAUGGCUGCGCACGGGAACAAGCAAAGCAGCCGCAAACUUGACUUUGGGUCUCGAACUUUACAGUCCUCCAAGGGUGUUGACAGCACGGGCAGCAAGGAGUUGCGCUUUGAGUGUCGUCAUGACUCUCGGUUUUCUGUCCCUCGACAUCUUGACAGGAUGGAAUUUUGACCUUCCGGAACUGAAAGAUUUGAGUUGCCAAAUUCUGCAGGGAAUUACAGUGGCAUUUUUGUACCUGAGCCCUCCAUGCACAAUGUUCAGCUCUCUGCAAACUAUGUGGAACAAGCAUCGGAUGAGCCAAGCUGUGUGGGACCGCCGGUGGCAACAAGCAGUCGACUGGGUCGAGCACUGUAUGCGGGCCAUUCGGAUUCAAGUGGCGAAAGGCCAACGAUUCAUGUUUGAGCACCCAGCAAGAGCCACCUCGUGGAAGCUUCCCUGCGUUGAAGAAAUCAAGAACCUGCCAAAUGUCCGCUGCAUAUCUUUCGACAUGUGUGCUUUUGGCAUGACAAGUCCCAUGCUGGAACCCAUCAAGAAGAGGACCAUCAUCAUGACAAAUGAUCCUCGGCUCUGUGGCUUGCUCAAAAACCGGCAGUGCACAAGAGAUCAUGUGCAUCGACGCAUAGAAGGAAGCCAGCUGGGUCAUCGCUUGAGCCGCUGGUGUCAAGUUUAUCCGCCGGCUCUCUGUGAUGUUUUAGCUUCUUGCCUUCACCCGGAAGCGGUUAAUUCGAUGUCACGAAAUGAUGAUAGUAGGUGGCAGCCCUUGACAGUGUGA